UCUUGGGCAAUGAAUACUCAGUCGAAACAAUGUGUUGCUUAAAGGUAAUUGUCUUUAGUGCAUUAAUAGCAGUCGUACGUGGAGAGCGGCGAUUUCCCGACGCAUUUAAGUUCGGGGCGGCGACCGCGUCUUAUCAAGUUGAAGGCGCCUGGAAUGUUAGUGACAAGUCAGCUAGUGUAUGGGAUACCUACAGUCACAACAACCCUUCAGCCAUAGUGGAUCAUUCAAACGGCGAUGUGGCCUGUGAUUCCUAUCACAAGUGGAGGGAAGACCUUAACCUAGCUUCUGAAAUGGGACUAGACUUCUAUAGAUUGUCAAUAUCAUGGCCGAGGCUUCUGCCAAAUGGUUUCUCGAACUACAUUAGCGAGGACGGCAAGAGAUACUACAAUGACGUUAUUAAUGGCCUACUUGAGAAGGGAAUAGAACCUGUGAUAACUCUCUACCACUGGGAUUUGCCGCAGAAGUUGCAGGAUCUGGGUGGUUGGACCAAUCCUCUCAUAGUUGAAUGGUUUGCGGACUAUGCUCGUGUGGCAUACGACCUCUUUGGUGAUCGCAUCAAAUCUUGGAUUACUAUCAAUGAGGGUCUUGUCACUUGUGAGGCUGCCGCUGGUGUAUAUAGUACAGGGUUCGGAAGCUACCUCUGCACUAAGAACGUGCUGUUGGCUCACGCGAAAGCAUGGAGGCUUUAUGACGAGCAGUAUAAGCCUAAAUAUGGGGGAAAAGUAUCCAUAACUACUGUAAUUAUGUGGGCUCAGGCACACUCAGAGGGAUACGAAGAUUUAGCCGAGCUUGUACUUCAGAUGAGUGCUGGGCUAUACUCCCAUCCCAUCUAUUCAAAAGAAGGCGGUUGGCCUCCAUCUAUAGAAAAACAUAUUGCAGAGAAAAGUCGCCGGGAAGGCUACACUAGAUCCAGAUUGCCACCGUUUACUAACGAAGAGAUCGAUCUUAUUAAAGGAACAUUUGAUUUCUACGCCUUAAACUACUACACCAGCCGGUUAGUGAGAAGUCCGAAAGAGGGAGAGAAAAUUGGAGAGUGGCCUUUACUCGGCUGUGAAGAAAUAAAUGCCUUAAUGGAACCUGCGCCAGAGUGGCCACCAACCUCUUCAAAAUGGUUGUUUGAAUACCCAGAAGGACUACGACGUCUGUUGUCCUGGUUGAAACAGAACUAUGGGGACGUGGAAUAUAGAAUUAUGGAAAAUGGUUAUGCUAGUGAUAAACGGGACCUUAAUGAUGUCGAUAGAGUUAAUUAUUAUAAGACUCAUUUGGAACAGGUGUAUCUGGCCAUAACCGAGGACAAUGUGAACGUAACUUGCUACACGGCUUGGACACUUUUGGACAAUUUUGAGUGGACUAAUGGUUACGUAUCGAAGUUUGGUCUCAUUGACGUGGACUUCACUAAGCCGGACCGCCCCCGUACUCCACGCUCUUCCGCCUACUAUUAUGCCAAUGUUAUAUCUACGCGUUCAUGGUCUGACGAUGACUUAAAAACUAAUCCGGAACCUUAAUAAUAAAACUCAGAAGUUUUAUAUCGCCAUAGAUAAUGUCGGUGGUGUAUUCUAUGGUUCCCUUAAUUAGUUUUUAAAUAAUCACAUUAAAUAGUUGCACUGAGAUUUAGAUGAGAGUAUAUAAUUUAGAUAAUAUUUGAUUAAUUUACCUAAUAAAUUAAUAGUUGAGAUAUUUUAAUAGCUGUAAUUUAUGUAUUGCCAUAUAAAAUCCUACCGAAUUGUUUGUCUUAUUUCUCGAAUAAUAUCACUUGUCUAUGACUAGUGCUAAGGACAAAUUACUUUGAAUUACUAGGUAUAUGAACACCGUGAACAAUGUAUGUCACUAAAAUAUAGGAUGGGCCUCGUACUACGCAAUCCUGGGCGAU